CUCUCCUCCACCAUCCAAGAUUCCCUCGCCACCUAUUCUUCCAUCCUCUACUCCUUCAUUCCCUGAUUCCUCAACAUCAAUGCCUCCAUCCCUGAUUCCCUCGGCCCCCAUUCCUCCAUCCUCUACUCUUUCACCCCCAAACACUUCAGCACCAAUUUCUCCGUCUACAUCCGAAGACAGUAACAAUUAUGUUCAAUCCCAAACAAUUACUUUAUCCGAGGAUGACGUUGCUCCUGAAAUCCUUAAUCCUCCUGAACCUCUGUCCCCUAAACAUUCAUCUCCCAUUCCGUCACCCCCCGUUCCUACAUCGUCUAUUCCUUCCUCCAAUUCCUCACCCUCACCUCCACCAGCCUCGAUUCCCUCGCCACCCGUUCUUCAAUCCUCUACUCUUUUACCCCCUGAUUCCUCAACCUCAAUGCCUCCAUCCCUGAUUCCCUCGGCCCCCAUUCCUCCAUCCUCUACUCUUUCACCCCCAAACACUUCAGCACCAAUUCCUCCGUCUACAUCUGGAGACAGUAACAAUUAUGUUCAACCCCAAAGUCUUACUUCGUCUGACGAUAACAUUGCUCCUGAAACCCUUAAUCCUCCUAAACUUCCGUCCUCCAAUCCUUCUCCCAUUCCGUCGGCCCCCGUUCCUACAUCGUCUAUUCCUUCCUCCAAUUCCUCACCCCCAAUGCCGCCACCCUCGGUUCCUCCAUCCUCUACUACUUCGUCCCCAAUCACCAGAGAAUCCCCAACCACCCUAAUACAACCACCGAAAUUUUCAAUGUCCCCUUCAGGCGUUGUAGUUGCUGAACAUGCCAAUAUUAACGUUCCUUCUAAUCCUGAACAAUAUCAACCCUCAACUUCUGCUCUACCUUCAGUGCCACAAAACACAUCUGAGGACAUUGUGACACAACCACCAAUUGUUGUCAAAAUUUCACUCUCCAAGAUUAAACCGACCUUUCCUUUAAAAUCACUGCUGCUAUGCCCUAUUUCUCCUGAAACACCAUCCACAAGUGAUUCUAAUUGCUCGCCUCCUAUUCCUAAUCCAAACAUUAUUCGAGCACCUCAACCCCUAAAUGUUAAUCCCCUGCCCUCUACUGCUCAUGCACCCCCUACUCCUCCUGAAAGACAAUCCUCCACAAUGCCUAAUCUAUCUCCACUUCAUUUAAAUAUCACUGCUUCUCAAUUCUUCAAUACUUUCCUGCCGUCCCCUCCGCACUCUGAAUCUCCUAGACAUACAAACCCUGAUCAAACUCGCCCCUCUACUGGUUUUGAAGCGGCAUACGCCUCUUCACUUGCAUCUAUGACCAGAGUCCGUCCAGCACCUGUUCUAUUUCGUCCGCUACCAGCCAUCCGACCCAGGCCUCGUAGUCUUCAAGUAAAUCAAGUAAAUACAGAACCUUUUAUACCAACAGUUGUCUUGGCUCCCGUACGUUUCUCGUCAGUCGACGAUAUACCUCAACACCUAAUUAUUAAACCUCCAUCUCCCACACCUGACAGUAUCCCUCCAAAACCUCCUGAUCCUCAAAAUAAAAAAGAUUCCUGACAUUACGCAAACCAUAUGAAGGGGAGAUACUUCAUAAAUAUGGUAUUUGGCUAUGAAGUGACACAACGGAUAUGCUUUACCAUCAGACAUCUGCAAGAUCCGUAGAAGGACUUUCAAAAACGAACAGCAAUUGAUGACUCAUUGGGAAAAGCUGAUUUGUGGUUACGGUUUCGAUCCUAUCCGAUGUGAUAUUCAUACUACAUUAACAUAUAAUGUGAAUUUCGCCACUGACAAGUCCACUUAAAAAACAGCAGCAGAAAAUAAACGGCGAACAAGACACUCCAGAAACAUGAGCCACUUAAUGCUGUGGAGAGAUUGGGAUCAAAUAAACAGAUAAAGAAAAGAAGACAGCCUUUAAUGGCGCUAAGAACUGCUAAUUAAUAGGUUGUUAUAGCCUCAAAAAAGCAAGAGUCUGAAUUACGAGUUGUGGUCUACACUCCAACGGUUGUUUAAAGUAGCUGAAUAACUAAAUAUUUGAAGAAGAUAACUGCACAAGAAGGGCGCUUACACAAGUACUAGAUAGAACGUCCAUUGCUGAAGAAAGGCUCCACCUGGGAGGACAGCUCAUUCAUUUCUCCCCUCGACCUUGACGAUGUCGGUGGUCCAC